GCUACAAUAUUCCAAUAAGUUGAUCUUGCUAUGAUCGCAUUUAGCUGAUGAGAUUUAAUUAUCACUAUUCAGCAAAGUUGCCGUCAAAAGCCACUGAUGUACAUACUUUUUGAAGAGGCGGUGGCGCCGCCGAGGGAAAGAGAGCGUUUUUCCUCCACGAGAAACAUGAAAAGAAUAUUCGAGAGGAAAAGCAGUCCAUCAUGAAUUUCUUGUGUUCCCUCUGAUUAAUGUCUAUACUGCUCAGCCUCAUUUCAGGGGAGAAUUCUUACUCUAAACCCUUGCUUGAAAAAGGUAAUUGGUUAUCUCUUUUACGUUCAGAUGUAUUGAAUUUGAGGGAUAAGAUCAUUAGAACAAAAUGAACUCAGGUUAAUUAGUCGUGGGAUGUUGAUGUAAUGGCCGGAAAGGUAGAAAAUAUGCAUGUAGUAUAUUGCGAAUAUGAAUUGCAACACAUGAAGGUUCCUUAACUAAAGGAUUAUGGCCUUUUGCCUCAAAUAAAAAUCCUUUGGACGGCAUAUGGUCAGCGAGGAAUCAGCUGAGGUCGACUGCGCGCCCACUUACGGGAUGAAUAGAUUGGGAAGCUUAUUUGGCCUAAUCUUCUUAAAUCUCUAUAUAAAGACCCCUCGAGGCAGUAACAUUCACACCACAAAUUAUAGAUACCACUAUUUGACUCAUCUUAUGAGAACCAGCAGAAUGGCUACCAUAUCAUUUGAUCCAAGGUUUAACCUCAAAGCUGGCAGGAACGCUCACCAACAUGGAGGAGUCGUUGAGGAGAUUGAAGGUCUCAUUCGAGUAUACAAAGAUGGACACGUCGAAAGGCCUCCAAUUGUUCCUAUUGUCCCUUGCACCAUGGGACUAGAGCGUGGCGUGACAGCAAACGAUGUUGUAAUCGACAGGUACACGAGUUUGUGGGCACGCAUGUAUGUCCCGAGUUGUUCCGGAAAGCUUCCAUUGCUUGUUUACUUUCAUGGAGGUGGGUUUUGUGUCGGCUCCGCUUCUUGGAGCUGUUACAAUGAGUUUCUGUCCAGCCUUGCUUCUAAAGCAAAUUGCGUGAUCAUCUCUGUAAAUUAUCGUCUGGCCCCUGAGAAUCGUCUUCCUGCUGCAUAUGAGGACGGUUUCACCACUCUUAUGUGGGUGAAACAGCAAGCUCUAAACGGUUCUAGCGAGCACAAAUGGUGGUUGAAGCUUUGCAAUCUUUCUAGCAUCUACCUAGCUGGAGACAGUGCAGGGGCCAACAUAGCUUACAAUGUGGCCACACGGCUCGGUUCAAGUGGUUCAUCCGAAUCCACCAUUUUAAGGCCGCUGUCUCUCAAAGGUACCAUCUUGAUCCAACCUUUCUUUGGAGGAGAGGCACUCACUUGGUCCGAAAAGUAUAACAAUCAACCACCUAAUUCAGCGCUGACCCUGUCGGCGGCUGAUGCAUAUUGGCGUUUAUCCCUACCUCCUGGAGCAACCCGCGACCAUCCAUGGUGCAACCCUCUAGCAAAUGGCGCCGCAGCUAGGUUGAGGGAUUUAAGACUUCCAGCCAUGAUGGUAUGCGUAUCAGAAAUGGAUAUACUGAAGGAUAGGAACUUGGAAUUUUGCUCUGCUUUGAUUAGGGCAGGGAAAAGGGUGGAAACAGUGAUGCACAAUGGCGUAGGACAUGCAUUUCAACUUCUGCAUAACUCUCAGUUGUCUCAACCUCGAACCCACGACAUGAUGUCUCGUAUCAAGGCUUUCAUCAACGAGUGACUAACGAAAUUAAUGUCUUUCUUUCUUUUCUUUUUAUUCUUUUACUGCUUGUUUGGUGUCGAUGUUGAAAAUGUUACUGGCUAAAUUACGUGUGUUUGUUAAACAGCAAAGAUACCUGUGCUCUUGUUUUGAGUUGUAUGAAUUAAAAGUUGCCUAA